AUGCUUGGGCGAAAGCAAAGUCUGAAAGGAGAACCAGUACUUGCCGACUAUGGCCCAGAAGAAUCAUUAAAUGAGAGCGCCGAUAUUGAAUGGGUGAAUAAGCUAUGGGUCCGAAGAAUUUUACGUUUCUGUGCUCUACUUAGUUUGAUGUCGGUUUCAUUUAAUACACCGAAAUCUUUUGAAAAAUAUCCCUACCUUCAGACUGUAACUUUUGCUGUGGAUUGCUGUGUCACUCUUUUAUUUACUGCUGAAAUGAUUGCCAAAAUGCAUAUAAGAGGAAUUCUGAAGGGAGAUGUGGGCUUACUUGAAAAGACCACUGGUGCCAAUUUGAUGCUUCCAUGUCUAGGAUUAACCAAAUAUUCAAGAGGUCCAGUCAACAGAUCUACAAUGUAA